AUGCCCGAGCAGCAGGACGCCCCCUAUGACCCUUAUAUCCCCAGCGGCCAGGCUGCGCCUCAGCAGCAGCAGCAGGGCACUGGCGGGAAUGCGAGAACACAAGCUUUGCAGGCGCAAAUUGACGAUACCGUCGGCGUGAUGCGCGACAACAUCAACAAGGUCUCCCAGCGUGGUGAGCGCCUGGAUGCUCUCCAGGAUAAGACCGACAACUUGGCCAUUUCGGCGCAGGGGUUCCGCCGCGGCGCCAACCGCGUUCGCAAGCAGAUGUGGUGGAAGGACAUGAAGAUGCGCGUGUGCCUGAUUGUUGGUGUCAUCAUUCUGCUACUCGUUAUCAUCGUGCCAAUUGUUGUCACCAAAGGCUAG